AAUAAAGGUAUCGCAGAACCGCAGACUAACCAGAUACGACGGGACACUCAAGCAGCCGUACCUCAAACAUAGUCUUGUUACAGCGGCGGACGAGUUGUUACAAUGGGGAAAAUAGAGUGGGCUAUGUGGGCGAAUGAACAAGCUCUGGCGGCUGGGCUGAUUCUGCUCACAGGCGGCAUUGUGGGGGUAGCUGGCCAGUUCAGGGACUGGGAAUUCGCUGCUUAUGGAGUUGCUGCGGGUGUUUUUGUCUGUCUCCUGGAGUACCCUCGGGGGAAGAGGAAUAAGGGGACCAGCGUUGAGAGAACGGGCCAGUACUGCCUAACUGUUUGUGUGAAGGCGUUUGGACCACUCACCAGCAACUACUACGUUAGAGCAGUGCUGCAUGCUGCCAUCUGUGUCCCAGGGGGAUUUAUGCUGCCCACAGUGCUGGGCUGUGUCUGCCUAGCCAUAGCCAGCAUCAUCUAUUUAACAGCGGCUAUCCGAGGGGAGCGCUGGAUGCCGAUUCUGCCCAGGGUGGAGACGGUGCAGCGGUCAGGGGGAGGCAUCGAGGAGCCGCCCCAGAACCCCCCUCCCCGACCCCCGGCAGAGGUGCGCAGGAAGCGUCUGGAGGACCUGGAGGGGGCUGCCUACGUCAACCCCAUCCCUGUCACCCUCAAUGAACUGUGAUCCGACCCUGCCAGCUUUGCAGGCACAGGCCUCCCGGGCAGCUCCGUGUGAAGUGUGAAUGCGUCGCGAGUGAAUACUGUUGAUAUGGCUGAUGAUGGAAAAACGGGUGCGAUAGAAACAAGAAGGUAAUCAUGUUACCGCAUGUUCAGUACAGUAAACCAUUCUGUCUUUUAUGAAUAAUAAUUGUGAAUAUGUAAAAUUUUACCAAACUUGUUUUACCAGUCUUCCCUUUUCUUUGGAUUUUCUUUGGAAAACUUUGCUCAAGAUAGGAAUUUUGGUUAUCAGUGUAUGUUUUACUUUGACUUAUUUAAACAAGACAAAUCAAUCUUGGCCACUCUUUAACCAGGGGAAUUUUAUGCUUUGCUUCCAGUUUUCUAUUUGGUACAAUGCUUCAGGAUGAAAAGGUUUGUGGGGAAGUGGAGUUUUGUUUGUGUGUGGACAUAGUGUGUAAUCUCUAUGUCCAUUCAAAUAUUAUAUCAUUUUGGAUUUUUAAUAUUCAUUCUAUCAUUCUUGACUGUAAUAUGAAUUGUUCAUAUUGUGUGCACAUUGCAAAGUAUGCAUCAGGAAGAAAAGGACACAAAAAAACAAGGAAGAAGCAGGCAAUUGCAAAAGUGAAAUCUGAGAAAGGAUAACAAUCUUACGGUCACUGCUUUAUUACUGGUGAUAGGAAAUCAUACGUACCAUGUUUAUGACUUAUUGUGUGCAAUCUUCUUCAUGCUGUUUGAAAAUGUGGAAUCCAGGCAGACAUGGCUCGUGUUUUUUUUAUUUGCCUCUUGGUGCAGUAAUGGAGAAGGAUGAACAAGGGACAUAGUUUACACUUCUGAGAAAUGUAGAGUUCAUGUUUCAGUGCCCGUGAGUUCAUAUGACCCACAAAGAUUGCACACAGACGCUUCCUCCUUCGAGCUCAGGGCAUUACUUCCUGGAGCCUUCUCGUCUGUUUCCUGGUAUUAUGGGCUUGGCAGAGGGAGGAUCUUCUCACAGUAUCCAUGAAAGCAGGAAUAAACCAAUGCCUUUCUUCCUUCAUCAGAAGUAUGAUACUUAUUCUAGUAAUUCCACCAAGAUUGCUGUCCCUGAAUAGGGGUUAAUGUUCUGCUUGACGAGGAUUGAUGGUAAUCAAACAGGCUCUACUUUCUCUGCACAACUGGACAAAAAUGGUAUAAAAACAUCUUAAAUAUUAUUUUCUGUGCUACUCUGUGAUAUACAUUUUUUAUAUGUGGGUUAUUCUCAUCUUGUAUUCUAAUAUUUUACAUAAACAACACAGCUAUUGUUUUUACAAAUACAAAUAUUCAGCAAUGACCGCAACCAAUCUUGCCAUGAAUACAUAUUGGCAACUGAGUCAUUAAUACCAGAAUGUGGUAAAGGCCUCAGGUAAGUUUACAACCGGUUCUAGUGCACUAAUUUUUUUGCUCAAGAUAUUAAUGAAUAUUCUGUUAUUUGAAAGAGAACCAGCAGAGGGCGCUCUUGCCAUUGAACCUUGUAAAUCCAAUGCUAGCGACUUAACUGAGGACUGAAGAUAUUCCCUUAAAGAAGAGGUGUUAAACAGUUAUCAUUCGCAAGUGAAUGCAGACUGACCAAAAUGAUAAUAAGAAACUUGACCUGUAUCAAAAAUUGUGACCGUGAAGUGCAUUAGUCUGGCCAAGAGCUAAAACUAACAGGACUGUUUCUUAUGAAUUUACCAAAAAAUAAUUAACCAAAAUAAUUAAAUUAAAUGAAUUCAUAGCUGUUACAUAGCAUUCUGUUAUCUUAUGUUGCCACUAUGAUAUGUGAUGCUCUUUGCUGCAAGCCAAGCUAAGCCAAGUGACGCUUUGGGUUAUGGUCACAGCUCUGCUGGACUGACCCUCUCCUCCUGCUCGACCCUGUCCAGUCCAAACCAAGUGAAGACAUUUUUAUUACUGUGUAUUAUCCUUGUAACUUAACCACAGUAAGACCAUUUGAUUAAUUUAUGUUGCCACUAUUCUACAUCAUGUUCUGUAACUGCAAUGCACUUAAAAUGAAAUAAAGUGGUUUCCAAUUCUGAAAA